UUCAUUAAAUUCUUCAGUUGGUCAAUACUAACUAGUCUCAGCUCACUAAAUGUUCUACAUGAAACAUUUCCUCAGCACACUUUCCUCAUGAAUGGCCUCAUUCAAGGUGUAAAGGGCAUAUUAUCUUUCCUGAGUGCUCCUCUAAUAGGUGCUCUAUCUGAUGUUUGGGGGAGAAAACCCUUUCUCAUUGGUACAGUCUUCUUCACAUGUUUUCCCAUCCCACUGAUGAGAAUCAGCCCAUGGUGGUAUUUUGCCAUGAUUUCCGUAUCUGGAGUCUUCUCAGUCACAUUCUCUGUGAUAUUUGCCUAUGUAGCUGAUGUCACUCAAGAGCAUGAACGAAGUACUGCUUAUGGAUGGGUCUCAGCCACUUUUGCAGCCAGUUUGGUCAGUAGCCCGGCCAUUGGAGCAUACCUGUCUGCCAGUUAUGGAGACGGCCUUGUUGUGCUAGUGGCUACAGUGGUGGCUGUUUUGGACAUCUGCUUCAUCAUAUUGGCUGUUCCAGAAUCUCUGCCAGAGAACAUGAAACCUAUUUCCUGGGGAACACAGAUCUCAUGGAAACAAGCAGAUCCAUUUGCGUCAUUGAAGAAAGUUGGGAAAGAUUCUACCGUUUUGCUAAUCUGUGUCACUGUAUUUCUUUCAUACCUUCCUGAAGCUGGACAGUAUUCCAGUUUUUUUCUCUAUCUCAGGCAGAUCAUAGGUUUCGGGUCCGUUAAAAUUGCAGCAUUCAUAGCUAUGGUAGGAAUUCUGUCUAUUGUGGCCCAGACAGUCUUUCUUAGCAUUUUGAUGAGAUCAUUAGGACAUAAGAACACUGUCCUGCUUGGCUUGGGCUGCCAGAUAUUCCAGUUGGCAUGGUACAGUUUUGGAUCUCAGGCCUGGAUGAUGUGGGCAGCAGGGACUGUGGCUGCCAUGUCCAGCAUCACAUUUCCAGCAGUCAGUGCCCUUGUCUCACAGAAUGCAGAGUCUGAUCAGCAAGGAGUUGCCCAGGGGAUCAUAACUGGCAUAAGAGGACUGUGCAAUGGUCUGGGACCUGCAUUAUAUGGCUUCAUAUUCUACAUGUUCCAUGUUGAACUCACUGAAAUGGAACCAGAAUUUAAUUCUAAUAAAGUUGUUAUGCAGGGAGCUGUCAUUCCAGGUCCGCCAUUUUUAUUUGGGGCAUGCAUAGUUCUUAUGUCUUUUGUGGUUGCUUUAUUUAUCCCUGAAUACAGUGAAGCCAGUGGAAUUCACAAACAUAGCAGCAGUAGCAGCAGCAACCUGACUAACACCCCACAGCGGGGCAUUGAUGAAGUCAUUGAGCCACUGUUACAAGACACCAGCAUAUGGGAACUCCCUUCCUUUGAGGAGCCUGGGAAUCAGUGCACUGAGUUGUAAAGUCAGCAGAAAGAUGAUUGUGCAAAUGUUGUCUCAGAGAGCCAGGGAGUGAGCCACACCGCAAGAAGACUUCGUAGU